UAAUGUUUCUUAUAAACAAAACAAUUGCAUAGUGAAGAGAAUCUAGCAUUUUCAGAAACUACAAAAACCAAAACAAGCUAUAAUUAAUUGUUUACCAAAAUAUACAAUGCUAGCUAUUGUAUAUUUCUAAACGCUGAGUUCUCCAAGUCGGUUUUUAUCUAGUGUGUGUGGAGAAAAUCUAAUCACAGUUUCAUAAAAGUCAAAAAAAUAUGGCUCGUCCCAUUCGACGUUGUCCGAUUUCCCGUGCGAUAUUAGAAGAAAUCGCUUUGGAAGGUUUAGAAGGCAUAUCAUUACCAUCACUAUGGGCAUACUUAAGUAUUGAUCUGGAAGUAGAACUGCCUUUGACUUCGGAUGUGACAAAUCGCGUGUGGAAUUUCAUAAAACAAAACACACAUCAGUUAGAUUUUUAUGAAUUACCAACGGAGAGACCAACAGUGCAAUGCGAGAGUCGCUUUUCACAUUUAGAUCCGGAUUUCGGUGUACCUAUUAUGCCGGAUCCCAGUAAGUUUAUGCGUUACAAAUAUGUGCCAAUUGAAGAUGGUGAAAUACGUGGUUCGUGUGAAUUCUACAAGGAGCGCAAGAAAAUAGAACCUGCUGAAGUGAACGAAUUAAGCGCCGAAGCUGUAUUGGAAAAGUGGGAUAGACGCUUUGUAAUAGUGGCCUCACAAGAAUUGCGCUUUUGUGUGCUUACACCACGAAAUAAGCCCAUACCGCGUGACUUAACACUCGUGCAAUACUGUUUUUGGGAAGCUGUUGGACGCGCACGUUAUAAUGGAGAGACAACUUCCGGACCUUAUUCGCUAUACCAGUUUUGCAAGGACUCAUCUGUCAUCUUUUAUAACAAACAAAAACUGGUUAAUUUUGGUUUGAUAACCCAGCAACCAUUUCAUGAAUUUCGUGAGGAUCGUCUCGUUUUCACCUCUUUACUAAAUUUACCACAGUACGUGCCGGACAUACCACGAAAUAUUGUUAAUCUGAUUGAGAAAAUUUAUGAGUUGGUAAAAAAAUCGGAACAACAAAACUUACCGUUAACCGAAUUGCGCGCCACUGUACCAGUGUUUCAACGUAAAUCCACAUUUCGACGUCUUGUACUGACUACCUUCUUUCGGCGUAUCUUUGAGGUGAAAAAAGUGCUGACCGGCAAGAAAAGCGGUAAAGGAAAAGAUCUUAGUGUUCUAGCGAUUACCCUGCGCAGCCCAGAAACACCCUUAGAAGCGCUGGUAGAAGAAGUUACUGAGGAUGAAAAGGAGACGGGAAUUAGUUUUAAAGACGCUUUCACCGAUAACAAGCAUUCUUUUGUUGAUAUGCCGCUGAAGGAUGAAUUCUAUCGCGCCGUUGUGCGUCAUGGCACGCGGGGUUGCAGUCACACAGAGCUCUCCAAUUAUCUCAGUGAGUCGCACUGUAUAGUGCGGCAGAUGGUCAAAGCUAUGCAACGUGACGGCCUCAUAGUACCGCAUAUCGUCGAUGAGGGCCGACAACGUAUACAUAAAUUUGUAGCCUUGGAGGUAAUUAAUGCUGAGAAAUUGUCGAAAGAAAAGGGCGCUGAAAAACCUGUGGAAAUGAUCAAAUUCCACACUUUGGCGCCUAAACCACAGUUGGAAGAAACCUUCGCUGUCGACUGUCCACAAGUCAAAGCCACCGUGGAGGAGUAUGUACAUAAAGACAAGCCAUUCCGCGUAACACUCACCAGCCGUCAACAGUCCCGUCGCGAUUUUAUCAUUCAACAGUUAAACGAGCAUGCGCUUAUGCAGACCGUUGUUUUACGUACGAAAUUACAGGAGGUGGAACGGCUGCGUGGUUUCAAAGAUGAAAUUUGCUUCAAGUCGUUGCGGCGCAUGUUCAUGGAAAUGAAGAAGACCGAUAAUUUAAAGGCUUACGAGAUACGUCUGAAAUAUCAAGAGCACGUUCGUAAUUACCAUUACGUCGCGCAUCCAGAAAUCGAUAAAGAUCACAUGCUGGUAGAUAGGGAAGUGAAGCGUUUAAAAAAUAUGCUCUUAAUGACCCGACAGCGUGAGGAGCAAAAGAAACAGAAUAAACUGCGUAUGUUGCGACAGAGCGCGGCAAAACUUUCGCGUAAGGUGUCCAAAGCAAGCGACAAUAAGUCCACCGCGCCGCACACCUCAGCCGAGCAACUGCCGAAACCGCCGAAAUUUCUUAUAUCCCGUUAUAUGCACGAAUUUCUUUUCUAUAUCGUGGUUGAGCUGAACGAAAACAAGCAGAUGCUAGAAAUCGACGAGCCUUUGCUGCGCACCUGGAAAGAACGCGAGCCAGCGUUGCAGGUAAACGAGUUUCUGGAAAGUUUACACGCUGGCGUAGAGGUGCAGCAUAGUUAUUUGUCAGAGCUUAACUGGCGCACCUUCAUACCGCCGCUGCCGAAGUAUGCCGACAAGCCGGCUGGUUGGGUGAACUUUCUGGACGCCAUUGACCGCAUGCCACUGUCCAUAUUCAAUAAAAUAUUUCGCUUCCAACCAAGCGGUGGCAAUGUGCUCGAUGAUUAUCUAACACAUCCCAUACGCCAGCACUAUCUCAUACGCCAAUUGCCGUUGGAGUUGCAAAAUCAAAUAAAUCGCAUGUACUUGCAACGCAUCUGCACUAUGGUGCUGAAGCUCUUGAAUCACAUGGGUUUAAUACAGGUGGGGGAGAGCGUAAAUUUCAAAGACACAAUGAUGAUUUGGGUAUAUCUCAAUCGGCGUACGCAAAUACUCGAUACAACACCCUCGGAGGCGAGUUACGCCAAAGUCAAUACGGAGCGCAAAUACGAAGAGCUGAAUUUCCAUUUCGCCACAUUCGAGGAUAUCAUCAUGUACUGGACGCAUGUGCAUCGCAUUUGUGUUUACACCAAACUCGGCUUGCUAAGCGCCAAGCAUAAUGAGAAGUCCGAAUCUCGUAAGGAAUUGACAUUUCUACCCGCCGUAAGCUUCGAUGAUGCACCGCAUUACGAUAACGGUGAAGUGCCCGGCGAUCGCGCUGGUGCGGCCGGUUUCGCGGCGCAUCUCUUUGCGCAUGCGCUGCGCAGCUGGUCGUGGGUGCUGCGCACCAGCGUGAAACCGGUGCAAACACGCACGGGCCGCAUACCGUUAUUGCGCAACACGAGUAGCAAACACUUGCGUCUCAUGGGUUUGCGCAAGACACGCUUGCAUGGCGCGCAUGUGAAGCGUCUGCCGCAUGCGGUGGCAAUAAAACGUAGCGCCAAAAAGAAAUCGGCUUCCAUGCGCGACGCCGUCGAUCGCGAUGCGCUGAAGAACAUGCGCACACUGCGCGCCAGCUGGGACAAGGACGAGGAUGAUUUGCUGAAGUUAGCACGCGCUGUCUACAUCUACAUCGCCGCGCCGGUGCCGGUGCUGGGACUCAUGGUGGUCGGCAAGAUUUGUCGUGACGUCAUCCGACACAACCUAGGCAUACGCAACAAGACGACGCAGGCGUGUCAUCGCCGCAUGCAGUAUAUCGUGAAGAAAGGCCGGCAUAUACCAGAGGUCCCCACUUGGGUGCACACGCUGCAAACCAAUGUUGAAAUUCAGCGCCGUUAUGGCGACAAUUUUCUGCAAGAACUGAAAACUGUCUACCCGGAGCGUGAAGAGUACUGCGACGCUUUGGCGGUGCAUUUCAUACAACUUUUGCAUUUCCUGCAUGAGUUGGUGCACAAUUUUAAGGGCAAGGAGUCGAUUACCGCUACGCGUCCACGUUUCACGAUACCCGACAGCCUCGAAGAGUUCGAGCGUCUGUAUGUGAAACGGCUGGCGGCCACGGAAGAGAAGCUUAUGAAAUACAAUGACCCUAGCAAUGAACAGGAUGCGCUCACAACGCUCGCCAUUAAUGUGCUGCACAGUUCGCUGUGUUCGGCGCUCGACAAGACCACCUAUACGGCACAAGCAUUUGAGAUUUUCAAGAAAUUCUCCGAGGAAAUACUGCAACGUGCCUUUAAUAUAGCGCGCAAUGGCGCCUUGAUCGUGGCGAAUAAACGCAAGAACAUCGAAAUGUUGCCCAGCCAACUGACGAGCCCGGCUUACUCGCUGUCGGUGCAUUACCAGCGGCGCUUAUUUUAUCUGCGCAUACCGUAUUUCGUUUACGACUCGCUCUUUGGUUUCUUUGAGAGCGCUUUGGGUAUUCUGUUGAAGCCCAAAGAGGAGUUUAUGGAGCAGCCAACCACAAGUAAGGCGCCGCCAGUAAACAACAUUGUAGAGCUGCGUUCGCCUAAUGCCGGACAGCUGUUCUUCAUAACCGAGGGUUUGGCGCGCAACUUUUGGAAAUGUAACAUCAAAUUGCCCAGCAAUAUAUUGACUGUUGAUGCCGAGCAAAGACAGACGUUGUCUUCAAUGGAUCGCAUACUCGAUCACUAUCAUUGCAUUUUCGAUAAUGCGCCCGAAACAGAAUACACGAAGAACUUCGAAAGUGAAGCCAGCGAGAAGCAGGUCCGCGUUAAGUUCCAACCCGCCAAUUUGAGCUAUAAAAUCACCUACAGCCCCUACGACUUCAUAUCGAAAUUGCCCACGCGGCAUCUACACUUCUUCUGCGCACUCGAUCACCUCAAUCAGGAGGUGGAGAUAAAUUUCAGUCGCAUAAUGCAUAAGGACGACGAACACGACACACUGAGCAUUGAGUGCCCCUUCAACUGUGUGCUCAAGCAUGCCAACUACAUCAAUGCCAUCGAGCGGAUAGUGCAGGAGAAGCGCAACAUUUUGCGCGAGUUGACAGAGAUGCCGCCACAGAAAUUGCUGAAUUUGGCAUUGAGUGGCUGCUCCGUUACUGUGGAGUCUUCGAAUUUGCUGACGCUUGUGCGCAUGCUGGAGUCGUUUUGGCGCGAAAAAGAGACCGCUUAUGAGCGCAAGGAUCUCGGCCGCGUGUCGGCGAAUGUGAAGGUGAACAAGACAAUUGAUUGGCAUCAGUUAUGCUGCGAAAUACUGCAGUUCAAUGUGGCCGAGGAGGACAAUGACAAAAACGACGAGUAUGAGCCCACGCUCAACAAGGAGGAGCGGCUUGCGCGUGCGCAGGAUGUCUUCGUAGUGAAUCUGCCCACAUUGCAGUUGGAGGCCAACACAACUUUGCGCAACACAACUGAAGACAACGAGCUGCACAAUGACAUAUGCGUUUCCAAGCUUUUGUUGGAGACUGAGCUGGAUCGUGAGCAUAUGUUGAGGAAAAUAGUGGACGAAUCGCAUUGGAAGUACACCGACAACACCUUCGACGCGCUUAAACCGAAAUUGAGUAAGCUCGGCUUUAAUGCUAUGGAGCAACAGCAUGUUGAAGACCUGCUGCGAUUUAUUGAAGCGCGUAAGCUCGGCGUGCCCGUCACAGAAUUGCUGCGUGAAUUCCCCUACGCACAAUUUCUUUCGCGCGCUUUGCGUCUACUCUCCGAACAUUAUCUCGUCAAACGUGUUGGUGUUGCCACGCUCAUGUAUGUGCAUAAAACCCACAUACGUCCAUGGGUCGUGCACACCUUCCAUCUCAAAAGGCUGGAGCGUGAAAAGUUGGGACCCGAUGGCACGGUGAGUCUGAAACGCGGCGCAAGCGUUGCUGAACCCAGUACAAGCGGUAGUACGGAAGUAGCGGACAGCGAUGAGGCUGAUGAAGCUAGUGCCAGCAAAAAAGCGAAAUUGGCUGAAGAUGUCAAGGUCGAAGAUCAGCGAGUAAGUAAGCGCGUGCCGAAGCCAGUGAAACGGUUUGAAAGCGCAAGUAAAGAAGGAAAGAACAAGGAAAAGGAUAGCAAGAGCGACAUCAUUGUGAUGAAGCCACAUCCUUGGAUACGUCUGAAUGGCACUAUUAACCGACGUGUAUUGGAUCGUUGGUUGGGCUCUAUACUCACCGAAUGCAUUAGUCGUUCGGGUUGCAUGAUUUUAGAUAUUUGCGCGAAGUUUCCACAUUUGCCACCAGUGGAGAUAAUGUUUCUACUCGAAAUAUUGGUUGAAUUGAAAUGCAUACAUUUGACCGAAAUGAAGCCAGCUCCUGUAAGCCUAUUCUCAGCUUAUGAGGACGUAGAAGAGCGUAUUGUAACGGAGUUCUAUGAACCAGAGCACACUUAUGUGACGGCGCAUGCGGACGCCAUGACACGCAUGUCCAUUUUCAUUGGCAAGAAAAAAUACAGCACACAAUUUUUUUAAACAUUUUCGCUAGUUAGUUGUUAAUACCCGUUUAUUUUAGUUUUUUUUUUAACACUAGAACAAAAUAAAUUAAGCUGGCUUUACCGCCAAGUCUUUACAUUACAACCACAAUGUAGAAAUUAUUAUAUUUUUUUUU